ACUUUGCAGAGACGUGCGGUGUAUGUGGUGACUUGAUAUCAAUAAGAAAAUAAAUCUGUCAAUAGCUUAUCAUUAUUCGAUAACAUACAAAGAAGAAUUAUCGAUAAGGAUCAUAUUAUAUUACAGAACUGGUAAUAUACGGAUAACAUGUUUAGUUUGGGCGAAAUUAGCGAGCAAUUAAAAAAUGUCAGCCGAAAGUCGGUUGGAGUCUCUUUUGCCGGUCAAUCGCUCGUUUUGGACACCGCGGAUAAUGCUCUUGAAGUGAUAGAAGCGAUAAGGGCAUGUCCAUGCUUGGAGUACUUGGAUUUAGAAGGAAAUACAUUAGGUACACCAGCCGCAGAGGCUAUAGCCGAGAUAUUAAAAGAAAAGGGAACUCCUUUAAAAAAAGCCUUAUGGAAGGAUAUGUUCACUGGUCGCUUGAAAACAGAAAUUCCAAAAGCGUUGGAAUAUCUAGGAACAGCAUUAUGCGUAGCUAAUAGCCAGCUUACCGAACUUGAUUUAAGUGAUAAUGCUUUUGGUCCAAUUGGUAUUCAGGGGUUAGCAAAUUUGUUGACAUCGAGUCCAUGCUAUACCCUUCAAGAAUUGAGAUUAAACAAUAAUGGUCUUGGCAUAUCGGGUGGAAAAAUGUUAGCUAAAGCAUUGGAAAAGUGUCUGGAGAAUAGUUCUAAAGAAGGUGCACCACUUGCCUUGAAAGUUUUCAUCGUUGGAAGAAAUCGUUUAGAAAAUGAAGGUGCGCAAGCAUUAGCAGGUGUAUUUGAAAAAUUAAAAACAUUAGAGGAAGUUGUAAUGCAACAAAAUGGUAUAUACCACAUAGGUAUUGCGGCAAUUGCACAAGGAUUGUCUGCUAAUCCUAAUCUGCGUGUAUUAAAUUUAAACGACAAUACGAUUGGAUUGAAAGGGGCUAAAGCGCUUGCUAAAGUUUUACCUAUUUUCCGAGGAUUGGAAGAGCUAAAUCUCGGAGAUUGUUUACUAAAGACCAAAGGGGCUUUAAUUUUAGCAGAGACAUUAGAGAUUCACGGCAAUCAUCCAUCUCUUAAAUAUCUAGACUUAAGUAAUAAUGAAUUACGUGUGGAUGCUGGAAAUGCUAUUGCUAAAGCCACACAUGAUAAAACUCUUUUGACAAACUUGCAGUUAGAUGGCAAUUGUUUUGGAACAGAAGGACGCGAAAAACUUCGACAAAUUCUUACAAAAUUGGAAAGAAUUGAUGCAUUAAAUUCUUUAGAUGAAGAUUAUACUGAAGAUGAAGAGGAGGAAGAUGAUGAUGGUGAUGAUGAUGAUGAUGAUGAUGAAGAGAAAACAAGUGAAAAAUGUGAAAGCGAUAAUACUGAGGAUGAGGCAGAUGACAAAGAUAAGAAAAUGCAAGAUAAUGUAGCACAAAGCACAGUAGUAACAGUAGCAGAAUUUUUGAAAUCACCGACAGGUGAAAAACUAUUGCUGCUACAAGGUGAUAAUGUACAAGCUUUUGUUGAUCAUGCAAUGAAUUUGGCAAAUCAGAGUAAUAUGACUAUAGAACAGAAAUAUGUAGAAGAACUUUUGCGGAUAACUAUGAAAGUUUCAGCAUUAUGUGAUAGUGGUUACAUGAAUGUGAGAAUAAAAGCAGAAUUCUUAUCGGAUGCUUUAUAUGCAAAGCUAUUUUCUUAUGCAAUAGAGAACGAUCAAAUUUUGACUUUGAAUAAUGCACUAUUAAUAAAUCUUGGCUUAAUAAAAGCUGAAGACAAAAACAAUGGUAAAAUUGAUUGGAACUUGGAGGGAUGUUUUAAAGCUUUGGAAAAAAUUACUCAGAGAGACUACUUUUUGGCACAAACAAGAAAUAUAUUAAAAGUAUUCCUAGAACGACCAGUGAAAACAGGUCGGCCAAAUGUAGUAGAUCCAUUUCAAGAUUCUAAAACUGAUCUUAAAACUGUCUUGAAUAAUAUUCAAGUUACAUAAAUUUGUCUGGAAUUAUUUUAGUGGGUAUGAUAGUUAUUUAUUUUUAUACAUUAUAUGAAAAAUAGAAUAUUUCAUGUAAUCAAUUUGAAUUGGAAUGCCAUUACAGAAA